AUGCCACCCUCAAUCUUAUUAAUCCCCGGUUCUUUUGGCCUGCCUGAAUUCUACGCGCCGGUGAUCUCGGCCGUGGCGCAAGCAGGCUAUGAGAUCAAGGCUCUGCACCUACCCAGCGUGGGCGUCGCAACGGGGCAGGGCCGGCCCGGCAUUGGCGUCCCGCCGCCGACCAUGUACGACGACGCGGCGCUGAUAGCCGGCGAGGCUGGCCGGCUUGUGGGGAACGAGGGCAAGGACGUGAUGCUUGUGGCGCAUUCAUACGGCGGGAUCCCGGCUACGGAGAGUAUCAAGGGGCUGAGCAAGCGGGACAGGCAGCGCGACGGUAAGGGGCCGGGCGGCAUCGUAAGGAUCGGAUAUGUGACGUGUUUGAUGCCGGUGGCGGGCGAGUCAGCCGCCGAUGUGCUGGCCCAGGUGCCGCCGGACAGGCGAGAUCAGCUGGCUGCUGAUGAGAACGGCUGGCUGUACCACACCAAUGUUUCGGCAGCAGCUCAGCUGUCGUUUUCGGGCUUUCCCCAGGAAGAGGGAGAGGCCUGGAUCCGGAGGUUCCCUCGGCACUCGGCAGCUAGCUUUGCCGGCAAGCUGACGCAUCCCGGAUACAGCGACGUUUCGGUUUCCUAUCUCAUCUGCGAAAAGGACCGCGUUAUCCCACCCGACAUACAGAGGGACGGGAUAGCCAUGAUUGAAAGGGAGAGUGGGAGGAAGGUGGAUGUCACUACGGUACAGGCUGGACAUGUGCCAAUGGUCAAUAAGGUGCGCGAGGUGGUUGAUUGGAUCUUGCACAUGGCAAGACAAGAAGAGUGA